GUCGGCUACAUGGCGUACAUGCGGUCUCAGUAUGAAAAAAUGGGCCUCUACACAGCUGUUGAUUCAGAAGGACAACAAACCCUGAUGAAGAGACAAUCGAGAUGGUCGUGACCGUAAAGAUGAUUUCAUACAGCUUGCUGUUUUAAAAUACUACAGAGCCAGUUUAAAUAACUCGGCGAAAUGAACGACUUAAAUGAAGGAGAGAUAUCGAAACGAGCGGAGCGGAUUUACUUGUCAGUGCUGCAACUCCGUCGCUUGCGGACCCAAAUCAAGCAUGUGUCCAAGGCGCACAACAAUAAACACCUGAGCGUCUUGUCUGAGUGUCGCAGCGCCAACGAGCUGAAACGCCACUUCAGACGAAGGCAGGAAGUGCUGGCCGCGAAUUACUCGAACCUGAGAAAGGCAACGCUGGAGAAAGCCGACGAACAUGGUUCUCAGGAGCUGAUGGGAUUCAAUGCGAGUGAGAUAAAAUCGGUGAUCGAGUUCUUUGCUGAAGAGGUUGCCACUGUGAAGCAGCUCUACCAGUCUCCGUCCGAGGACUUCCUUCACAGCGAAUAUUGGUCACUUAAACGCUCUGACAAUGAGUGGGACACGGAUAGCAUGCAGCUGGCCAAAUUGCUGCUUGCAGAUUUUGACCUUUUUGCCAGAGAGAGCACGGAUAUUUUUAACACAAUCAAGUCAAACAAAGAGCAAAUAGGUUUGAUUAAAUGUGUUUCCUGUUUAAGCUUAACUCAUUUCCCUCUUUUAUUAUUUUUACUCAUAUCAGCGCAAAUCCAAGAAAAGAUAAAAAAUUUCUUCGAAAUUGAGAACACGACUGGGUCGGUAGAAGAGGCAUUCAGUUCAUUUUCUGGCCAACUAGCAAUUAAACUGAAAGAGAAAUAUAUCAACGAGAAUCAGGUGACAAACAAAAGUGCUCGGGACAUUCUUCUAUUCUUCAUUCCCUCCGCCAAGGACACGCUUCUUAAUGUGAUUUGCCAUUCGUGCCCCGUUAAAUUUUUUGAAACCCUUAUCAACUUUGAUGAAAAUCCAGAGUUUGGUCGGUGCGUGCGGACGUACCUGGACCGCUUCUCGUGGACGUUGCCGCACAACGACAGGUGUCCUCAGACAGCCCUCCACUCGACGGCCGCCAACUGCUCCGAGGAAAUCCUGAAGAGCUUGGUCAACCACCACCAGUUGGAUGAAAAUAACAUUCGCACGCUCCUCGACCGGGGCAAGAACACACUGCUCCAUGCGGCAGCACGAUUCGGCUCGAGUCGGUGCGUGGCUUUUCUUCUCUCGCUCAACUGCAACCCGAUGCAGGCGAACGCGCAGAACGAGCUGCCCAUCCACCUGGCUGCUGCGAGUGGAGACACCCGCACAUUCACCACUUUGCUGGCGAAGCACAACGACCGUGAUGGGUGUCGCAGCCUCGGCGGAGAAACUGGUCUCGAUCUCUUGCGGGCAGCGACCAGAGGCGCGCUCCCAGUUUUGUGCUCGCUCAUUGAGAGGUACGACAGUCACGACUCCAUGGUGAGGGACUCAUCCGGCAACACACCCCUACACGUGUUGCUGAAGCAGUCGUCAAACAAGCGACUUCAGCAGCACCUUCCGUGGAUGGUGGGCAGGCUGCUGAAGUGCAACGCACUGCUUGGUGAACGCAAUGACUUUGGCUCGGCCCCCAUCGACUGGCUGCCAGAGGAGAGCCUCGAGCAGCUGCUUGACGCGCAGUUGAGCCUGAGGCGAGAAGCACCCUCGCCCGACCAGGAGAUCAGGAAGCGCAGGGACGACCUGAAGGUGGUGUUUGGAAACCUUUUUGAGAACCACCGCGGCGGGAGAGGCCUCAAGAACAUCAUGGCCAUUGCCGAGGCGCCGCAUGUGCGCCACCUCGCGCUGCACCCGUUGUGCCAGGCGAUUCUGAAUGUCAAGUGGCAGAAAAUGCGCAAGUUCUUCUUCCUGAAAAUGCUACUCUACCUGAUCUUCGUGCUCUUUCUCUCAACCAACUGUCUGCUGUUGCUCGAGAGGAGGAUGAACGUAGUCACUUCAAGGAUAUUGCCAAAUGCAAACGUCAAUUUUUGGCACCAAUGCACCUAUGCAGCAGUUGCUAUCAAUCUCGCACUCCAAAUAACCAUAGGUGUAUCCAAAAUUGUCCUUCUCGUACCUGUGCUGGUGCAAGAAACGCGGUCUCGUCUGCGGGGCAUGAAUAAAAUGAAGGUGUACCGCCUGCUGGAGUUCUACGCCUCAGAGAUCACGUGGUCCAACUGGAACGAGUACCUUGUCUGGGUGGUCACCUGCUGCUACCUUCUGGGCAAGUCGAACCCGGUGAUUGUGAUCUUCCUCAGCUGGUUCUCCCUGUUCCUGCAAACGUCCAAGUACCCGGCCAUCUCGCACUACCGCUACAUGCUGGUGCGCAUCCUCAUCAGAUACCUCAGGGUAUCUGUGUUCGCGUUCGCCCUGCUGGCCGCCUUCUCGAUCGCACUCUUCUACGAGAUCACUCGAUGCCGCCUCCAGCUCGGCCAAGGCAAUUCCGGGGAUACAACCGGCUGCCGCGUCAACGCCGUCUUUGACGACAUCCUCUCGACGAUGCUCAAGACUUUAGCGAUGAUGUCGGGCAACAUCACCCCUGAUGACUUCCCCUAUAGCUUCUCACCCUACUUCUACGUGCUGAUCGGAGGCUUCACCUUUGUGCUUACCUUUGGACUUUUCAACAUGAUGAACGGCUUGGCGAUCACGAUCACCUCAGAAUUUCAACGUAAAGCUAAGAUUUUUAGCACAAUGGCACAGUGCGAAAUGAUCAAUGAGUCCGAAAUCAUUCUGGCCGGCGUCCAAAAACUGCUAGGUUGCUGUUGCCCCGCUGGUUUCAAGCGUGCCUUUACGCCCCUGUGGGUCAAAAUGCUUCAAGCCUCUCCAUCGACUGGAGCGUGUCGCAACCUUGAGGAGUUUGACAUCAAGAUUCACGGCUAUAAGGUGCCACCUGAUCAUGUGGUACCUCAGGGUUCUGCCUACCCUGAAUGGAUCUGGAUCGAUAGGGGAUACAUGUUGCCCGUGAAAUUGGUCAGCGAGGCUCUGAAGAUUUGCAAGAGCAAGCACAAAGAAGACUAUUUGAACGAUGGUGGCCAUAAGGGAGAAGAAAAUGCUUCACUUAAUUUUAAUUAUGAAGACGAUGACCCAUUUGAAUUUUAUCUCUGAGAUGGUUAAAUAAAUUAUGGAGUUCGUUGGGAUUAGAUGUGUGUUGUUACAAUAAAAAAAAGAAAAAGGAGACUGAAAAAUUAUUUAAAUGAUC